AUGACGAAUUUAGGCGUGAGAAAAGUGGCGCGCUGUGUAAUAAAAGUCUCAAAAGAACCGCGAGGAACACGUUUUCCCGUUGAUCCUCGAGCAAAUGAUGUUGGAUUUUCCCACAUUUCUGAAGGAAGUAAUGUUGCUGCUAUUGGAAGUCCCAUAGAGAGGCUUGGAAAUCCAACAACUUCAUUUUCCUUUACUCCGACACGGCACCAGAAUACAAAAGCCAUUAUACCAAACAAAAAGUACUCACCGACUAGAACCUCAACUAGUAUUUUGAAAUCGUCUUUCCAAUCGUCUAGGAAAACUGCAUCCUCUUCUUCCUUUAACUACGCAAAAAAUGGAAUGAAUAAUGAGCGUGACGGUUCUUGCAGAAAGCUUCAUGAGAAUGGUACCCACGCUAAUAAAAAUAACAAUGAUCGUGAAAUCGAUUCGGAAUCAGAUUCGAAAAACGGAAAUUUGAAAAGUACAAAUAAUUCAUGGACACUGCAUAAAAAUAAACAAAAGGAAUCGGAAAAGAAAACACUAAAUCAAAAAAUCAAUGGCAGCUGCAAAUCAACGCGUAUCUCAAAAGGAAAAAUGCCUGAAAAAUCAUCUACUAAUGAUGUUAUUAUCAGAAUGUUGGAAUCAGAAGCAAGAAACAAAAACAUUAUUAGUGAUAAAGAUAAUCAUAAUUGUAGAAAAAAAUCAAAACGGAAAAAGAUUCCUGAUCCAAUUGAUGAAGACAAUGCACGUAAUUUAGCAGCGAUGAGGAACAUGAUGAAAACAUAUGGCGAGAAAUUAAGUCAAAUAGGAGAAGCAAUUAUUCAACUUAAAGCUGAUCAAGAAGAAAAUAGAUCUCAACCUCGAAUUAUUAAUUGUAUACACAGAGAUGAUAUGGAAAAUUCGGUUGAAGAAUAUUCAGAUGCAUCGCGACGAGAAACUAAUCACCAAGAGAAUAACGGAUCCAGCAUAACAAUGAAGGAGAAGGAUAUGGAUCACGACAGUCAACAACGUCUCGCUACACGGGACAAUCUCGCUAUACGGGAUAAUCGGUACCAUCCAUAUAAUCAAGCGAAGAAAAUUCACAUGCUUGAACAAACUCUUCAAAGAACCUCGUUAAAGGUCAUAAUGAGUGAAACGCGGAUAAGUCGAUUAGAGGUGCAUUACGCGAAACUCUCAAAGCAAUAUAAUUCCUUGAAUAAAGUAUUGAAGGAAGCAGCUAAUUCGCCAGAUACGAAAGAAAAAGCGUUCUUCGCUGAUGCUAUACAAAAUAUAAGGGAAAACUAUAUAAGUAUGUGUGUUGGAUUCAGUUUGGGUACUGCAGGCAUAUUUGUGGCUAGCCAAGUGUGGCUUUUUUAUUUUCUGUAG